UAACAAACUUAGUUUCCUUUAGUGGGUCUUAACCCUUUUGCCUUUAUUUCCCCUCUCAAGACAAAAAAAAAGAGAGCAACAAACACUUUCCCUCUUAAUUUUGUUUCCUCUCCUUCUCUCUCUCUCGAUUUCCCAAUCAUUUCUUUUCAUAUUCUUGAGUUUCUCUUUUAAACAAUCUCAAGCUAAAAAAAUGCCCAUGGAGGUUAACUUAUACCCGCAAGAUCCGUUCGGAUACCUCUCUAAUUGCAAAGAUUUCAUGUUCCAAGAAUUGUACUACCAAGAAGAGGUUGUAGCUCAAGAUACGAAGAACAUUAACAUUGAUAACUCAGGACAUGAACAGAGCUUUGUGGAAGAACGCCAACAAGGAGACCACCCUCUAAUCCCUUCGUUGGAAGAAGAGUCCGGUCUUCUCGCCAUUGAUAUGGAAAAACAUCCUCCUAUGCAGGAGAGGAGUAAGAGGAGGAGAACGAGGAGAAAUAAGAACAAGGAAGAGAUCGAGAACCAGAGAAUGACUCACAUCGCCGUCGAGAGAAAUCGCCGGAAACAAAUGAACGAGUAUCUCGCCAUGCUCCGUUCUCUAAUGCCGUCUUCCUAUGCUCAAAGGGGAGAUCAAGCGUCGAUAGUAGGAGGAGCCAUAAACUACGUGAAGGAGUUAGAGCACAUCUUACAGUCUAUGGAGCCUAGAAGGAACACGACCCCGACCCACGAAGCUGAUACAAGCACUAGCUCGUCAGUGUGUCCCUUCUCAGAUUUCUUCACUUAUCCUCAGUACUCAACAAAGUCAUCAUCAACAACGGAAAGCUCAUAUUCGCCGGCGGAGAUAGAAGUGACGGUGGCUGAAGGCCACGCGAACGUCAAGAUAAUGGCGAAGAAGAAGCCGAGGCAGCUUCUUAAGCUCUUAGCAUCGAUACAGAGUUUAAACCUCACUCUUCUUCAUCUCAAUGUCACCACUCUCGACAACUCGAUUCUCUACUCCAUCAGCGUCAAGGUUGAAGAAGGGAGCCAACUGAAUACCGUGGAUGACAUUGCAACAGCUUUUAAUCACAUCAUAAGGAGGAUUGAAGAAGAGUCCAAAUAAUCUGGCAUAUAGAUUAAAUCAUUUAGUUUAAAAUGUUUCCUUUUCCUUAUAUUUAUUUGGAAAUAAUUGAAAUACAAACUCAUCUAAUUUAUGUACUCCCUCUUCUGUUUCGCUUUUUUUAAAUGUAAGUUGCGUUUUUGACUCCAGUAAUGAAUAUUUUGUAUUUGGCCUCUAUUAUAUGUACUUACUAUUUGUAAAAGGAUUUAUCAAUUAAAUGGAUUAAGUGUGUA